AUGGCUGAUAAACUUUCUCAAUGCAGCUCGGGUGGAAGAUGUCUCACUGUUGAAUAUACUGAUAGAGUUGGAGAGGUUGCUAAGAAGCAUGGAUUGAAGCUUCACAUUGAUGGAGCCCGUAUUUUUAAUGCAGCAGUUGCACUCAGUGUUCAAAACUUAAUGAAUCACAAAGGAAGCAGACCUGGCCGCCAGACUGGGUUUGAUUUUGAUGAGGAAGAUCUCUUAGAGUUGGAUCAGUACCAUGAUAUCAUUGUUGCGUCUGCCAUAUUUGGAAACUAUGAUGUAAUACAGCAGCCCAGGAACAUUAGUAGAGAAGCAAGAAGAAACAUUCCUUUCUAUAUGUUUAUUGAUGAAGAGACAGAAAUGUAUAUGAGAAAUGCUAGUAUUUUGGAUAGCAGCAGGAGAGUUGGAUUGUGGAGAAUCAUUGUUGUCCGGAAUAUUCCAUAUGCUGAUUCUAGGCGUAAUGGAAAGGUUAAUUGCUUACUCUUUGCUUACUCGUUAUAA